UCCAGCCGCAACAUAUUCUUUUCUAGUAACGGAACGCAUGACAUUGCAUCACCCGUAGAUUAGUGAAUACCAAGAAACUAAGGAAGAAGCUGACUUCAACCAUCUCCUCCAAUGGCUUCUUUUGGUUUUUGCUCUGAUCUUUUUUCCACAAACUCGUUGCUUUUGCCUCCAUGUGUCCAUAUGCUUCCAAUAUACCUGCAAACUAAACAGAACAUCUCCCAGUUUAGUGUCAUUGCCAGCUCCAGUACUGGCAGCAGUGAGCUGAUGACUGAAGCAGCAGUUACUAAGACUGAAAGUGAAAGAACAAGCUUUGGGUUCAAGAACUUGACUGAGACUUUCUGGGUUGAUGUACAUAGAGCUGAAGGGAGGCCAUUGAGUGUUAGGCUCAAUGAAUCGUUGACCUUUGCAUCUUCAAAGCUUGAAAAGGUCGAGAGUGUGGUAAUUAGAGUUGAACUGAGUAACGGGUGUGUUGGGUGGGGUGAGGUGCCAGUGCUUCCUUUGGGUAACUGGAAUCAGGCUAUGGCUCUUGACAAAGUGAAAGAGGCAUGCAAGUUUCUGGGGCAGGGUCCCCCACUGACUUUGAAUUUGGUCUUAGAUAAGAUUUCAGAGACUGUUCCUGGUACAGGAUUUGCUUCUGUUAGGGCUGGACUGGAAAUGGCAUUAAUUGAUGCAGUUGCUAACAGCAUUGGUGUCCCCCUAUGGAGAUUAUUUGGGGGUGUGUCAAAUACCUUGUCAACUGCUGCUACAAUUCCAACAACUUCCCUGGCUAAAGCUUUUGACCUGGCUGCUAAGUAUUGCAAACUAGGAUUUAAGAUAUUGGAGCUUAGAGUGGGUAGAGACCUAAAUGCAGAUAUUGAAGUUCUUCAAGCAGUACGAGCAGCACACCCUCAUUGCUUAUUUAUCUUGGAUGCAAAUGAGCAGUACACUUCAAAGGAAGCUAUUGAAGUUCUUGAAAAGCUAGAUGAAAAAGGGGUAACUCCUGUUCUCUUUGAGCAACCAGUUCACAGAGAUGACUGGAGAGGUCUUAGAGAAGUGAAUACUGUUGCUAGAGAGAAGCAUGGGAUAUCUGUUGCAGCAGAUGAAAGUUGCAGGAAUUUGGUUGAUAUUCAAAAACUUAUACAGGAAAAUAUUGUGGAUGUCAUCAACAUUAAGUUAUCCAAAUUUGGGAUUCUUGGGACCCUUGAAAUUGUUGAGAUGGUUAAAAAAUCAAAAUUGAACCUUAUGAUAGAUAGCGUGGCUGAAACUAGAUUAGCCGCUGGUGUUGCUGGUCAUUUAGCCGCUGGGCUUGGUUGCUUCGAAUAUGUUAAUCUUAGUGCUCCCAUUUUGCUUUCAGAAGAUCCAGUUGUGGGAGGCUAUGAAGUUUCUGGCUCCAAUCACAAGUUUGUUAAUAGCAGAGGGCAAGGAGGUUUUCUCAAAUGGGAUAGUGCCUCAUGAGAGGAGGGGCAAGGGUGGGGAGGAAAUAGAGGAAGAUAAUAUGCUGGCUUUAAACUUUUGGAAACAGCCUAUAUUAGAAUCUUUUCUUCCAUGUAAGUUGCAUAGCGCAAAUCAAUUCAAUAGCCUCAUUCUAGUCAAGGCCUUGGCAGACUCUGUGUACCUGAGCAUGGUCUAAUUAAGCAUUUAGGCAGGGAACGGUGAAUACUUCAGUGUAAUUGAUCUCUCCUUAUAAAUCUGAUGCUUAAUAUAAAAUGUGUUUUAUGACUUA